AUGGCAGCCGGGUUCUCUUUUGCUGGGGAGUUGCCGAUCGAGCUGCCUGGGCGAGCGCCCGCAGCAGUGGAAGGAAAACCCGAGGUGGUGGCAGCGAGGAAUGCGUGUGUGAGUGCGAUUGCGAGCGAUGGAGGCGACGUUUUGUCACGGAUUGAUGUGCUGUUGGGCUAUGCGGGCGAAAUCUUGGGCCUUGAUGGGACUGAGCAGGCGCUGGAGUGCGAGGUGGCCGUCGCCGUGGUGGAUGUGGCGUAUCUGGAGCAGGAGCUGUCGCUGGAGAUGCUGGAGCGGGCGUAUGGGUCGCCGCUGGCGGACUCUGCGUGGGGAAGCAGUGGUGCUUGUCUGAAGAGAGGCGUUGGGCUGCUGCAGUUUGUCGAACAGCAGCAUAUGCAGGCGUUCGGCGCUGAGGCGAGGCAGAACCUGUUCAGACUCAUCAAUACGUUGAAGCUGGAGCUUCAGUUUCUGCAGCAGAUGAGCGUGGUGGUGCUGUCGCUGUCGAAACUGCGAUCGAAGGUCUACAGCGGUCGGAGGGACGCGGUGCUGGACUUCCGGGACCACGACGUCGCGCAGUUGGCCACUAACAGUUCGCUGUAUGCGAAAUUGGUCAUUGGUUGCUACAACACGGCUACGAAAUGCUCAGCGAGCACUGUUGUCAAUAAGCCCUUGGUGAGCUAUCUCAACUGUUUGACGUUUCUUCUGCUGUCGUUGGACCAGUACUCCAAGGACCAGUGUGGCGUGGCGCUUGGCAUGGUGGACCAGGCAAUACGGUAUCUGUCGCAGAUCGUGCCUGCGGAUCGCUUGAGCGACUCGAUCCUGGCCAGCAGGAAGAAAACGGACUUCUUGAAGAAUGCGAUCGGAAAAAGGACCAAGAAUCCAAGAAAAACCCUUCGCUGGAUCAGGCGAUCCAGGAGGGAGGAACUGAUACCCGUGCUGGCUUUGACCUUGGACGAUUUUGUGAUCCCGCUUGCGCAGUUGCUGCGCUACAGAUAUCAACAGAUGAACGAAAAACUAGCGUACCAGAAAGUGGAGGCUGACGAGGCCACCUUGAGGAAGCUGUUCCCCCGAGGUAAAGCUCCCGAGUUGAAGGGUUCGCAGUGGUUCUUUAAUCGUGAGACCUCCAGGUUGCAGGAAGUGGCUUCGCCGUCAGCAGCAGCUGGUUACUAUUAA